GUUUACAAAAGGCUGCAUUGCCCAACAGCUAAGAGAUUAAGGUGUGAGGUUACGUUAGUCAGUUCACAUUGUGCUUUGUGGCCGGACGGUCGCGAGCCACGUCACGUGUAUUUUAACGUCUCUGCGUACGAACGUAAAAAUGAAGCUAAAAUCUGAACUUCUAGUCCAGCCUUCGGGUGAGAUGUGGAAGAAAAUCAGAGUUGAGCUCAACGAGGAUGUGAAUACACGUAAUCAAGAUCUGGCCGCGAUCAAGGAAUGGUUGAGGAAGCAGCCGCACCUACCUGAUGAAUGGGAGGACCGUCCACUGAUGACGUUUUUGAGAGGCAGUAGUUUCUCAUUAGAGAAAUGCAAGAGGAAGUUAGACAUGUACUUCACAUUACGCGCUGCUUGUCCAGAAUUCUUCACUAACAGAGACGCCACAAGCCCAGAACUUGAAGAAAUACUUAGUAAAAAAAUACAAGGUCCUCCGCUAUCAGGUUUGACACCGAAUGGAAGGAGAGUCACCAUAUGCAGAGGCGUUCACCCCAAUUUGGACGCUCAACAAAUAAUAGACUGCCUCAAGCUGGCCCUGAUGAUAGGAGACGUGCGACUUUUGGAAGAAUUAGAAGGAGUUGCCGGAGAUGUUUACGUGCUGGACGCGGAUAUUUUGGGGCCCAGUUUGUUGGCGAAAUUAUCCCCUACUACUGUUAAGAAGUUCAUGAUAUGUGUACAGGAGGCGUAUCCGGUCAAACUGAAGGAAGUUCACAUCGUAAACACCUCACCCAUUGUAGAAGCAUUCAUCAACUUAGUGAAACCGUUCCUCAAAGAGAAAAUUAGAAAACGGAUAUUCAUUCACAAGGACAUAAAGGAUCUCUACAAGUAUGUUCCGCAAGACAUGCUGCCAGUCGAGUACGGCGGUACAUGUGGUACCAUGAAUGAGAUCCAUGAACAAUGGAUAAACAAGCUGAAAGAGUACCGCGACUGGUUCGCUGCGCAGGAGUCGGUGAAAGCGAACGAAGCGCUGCGACCGGGCCGACCGACAAACUAUGACGAACUAUUCGGCAUAGACGGUUCAUUUAGACAACUCUCUAUUGACUGACGAAGUGUACUGCCUAUAUUGUGAUAUUGGUUUAGUUUCUAUUGCAUAAGAAUAAAUAAACUCAGUGGAAGUGACACUCAUAUGCUUUCGUUUGUGAAUGCAGCAAUACCACUACAAUGUACUCUCUCCCGUCAGAACCCAGAUAGAUGAGAACGGUUGCCACAAACUCGCAUUUACCAACAAAUAUUACAAUCCAAUGAAACACGAGAGCCUACCAUGAAAUGUUGCAUACCGUUUAAAAAUGUUAAAAUAUCGUUUCUUUGGACUUUUAUGGUAGGAUCUAUGACUAACGAAACGUUCAGCUCCAUUUACUGGGGCAAUUUCGGUAUGAACAAAAUCAUAAAAUUGUGUCCGAAAAUUCGGAAAUUCAUUUCAUGGUAAUCCCGUGUUAGAUAGAUAGAUAGAUAAUUUAUUUGCUUUACUUACAGCACACAAAUAACAACAAACAUAGAUAAACAUGCAUAAUAAAAUAAAAAAAAAAAAUGCAUAAAAGAAGUAACAAUUUUUCCCUUCAUGCGUGUGCCACAGUAACACAAAAUAAUUUAACUCAGCUUUAUUGCUUUGCCCUCAAAAGAGCAAAACACUGAUAUUCUGUUGUGGCCAAAAGCUAGCUUCGAAAUUCCUUAGCAAAAAUAAUAAAAAGCGAGUUCAAGUAAGCCAGACAUGCACUUUCGCUACGAUGUAUAUUGCUUGCCAGCCCUGAUCAAAUCAGAUCUUUAAUGAAUUUUUAAAUUAUUAAGAAGCCAACGAACACAAGAGUAUCUCUUCUACCUGAUUAUUUAUUCUUAUGCUCUAUUGUAUACUAAUUUCAUGGCGAAAAUAAAGUAAUUAUAAAUAUUUAAUAAUAAAAAAUGUACUCGUGAUAUUUUUAACAUAAGAUAUUAUACUUAUUCAUAAGAAAACAUUAGGAUUAAUGUUAUGUAAAAUUAAUAUUCAAUAAAAAUAUAAUUAGAUUAA